UUCACAACACAUAAUAGCACACAACACGCACAAAAAACACAGACGCAUACAAAAACUUCCUCAAAAUACAGACGCAUAUACAUACAAAAUCUCUAUCUCUAAUCUCCUCUCGCUCUCGAACACACACAGAUAAAAUCUCCUCACUCGCAACAUAGUACACAAAGAGCCCAGGAAAUUUGUGUAACCACGACACCUUGUUGCUCUCUCUAGAAAAUUCGACGGAACAAACAUAUUUUUCAGCGUCUGUGACAACAGUACCACUCAAGGCGGCGAGCACGAAGGACUAGGGUUUUUACCCCUCAUACCGAAGGAUUUUGAGGGUAUUUUUAUUUUUCGUUGAUUUCAAUCCAAAUAUUUGGGUUCAGUCCUUUUUAUUUAGUCAUUGAAAUACAGGGACUGUUUCUGAAUUUUUUUGGGUGUUACUAUACUUCUCAAACCCUAGGAUUUUCUGGGAUUUGGUUUUUGUCCUCGGAUGGAUUUUAGGGUCUAGGGUUUGAGUUUUUUCUGGAAUUUUUAUGGAGUCUGUUUGAAAAUUCGCUCUGUUUUGCUGGAGUAGGGUAGUCCUGAUUUUCUUGUUAUCGGUGUAUGAGGUACCCUUGGCUGUUUUCCUUGAGCAUUGAGCCUUAAGAGGCUGUUGUUAACGCUGUUUCUCAACAGUGGAAUGGUCACAGAAGCUUUGAUUUAUCGAUUAACUGUGUAGAGGUGCCCGCAAUUGACUUGACAGAGUAUAUCAUUGUACAGAGAGGAGGGAAAAAAAAAACCUUGCUACCCUGUAUAGGACAAUUUACAUUCUUUUGUUCGUAUGCGCAUGUCUUGGAGGAUUAGAUACGCAUUUUUCCGACAUGCUAGCUGGCAUCCUCAAUAUUGAAUAUCGGAGCAGAGAAAUUAGGGUGUUUCUGUGAAGAGAAGUGGGAUUAGUAUAUGGGAAUAUUAGAUGUAGUAUAAAAAGUUAUUAUUAACUUUUCCGUGAAGGGACUUCAGUUUUGUUCCGGUGUGGAGACACGGCGCUAAUCGGGCAUUGACACACGGCAGUGGACGUGUCUUCAUUAAUAUAAGAAGACAAGUCGAGUCUCUUUCCAUUUAUUAGUCAUAUAUGAUAAUGUUUAGCAGUAGAUAUGGAAAGAAGUGAGCCCACAUUAGUACCGGAAUGGUUGAAAAACACUGGAAACUUGACUGGUGCCGGCUCUAUAUCACAUUCAGAUGAUCACGCUGCAUCAAGGGUUGCAAGGAAUAAGUCUUUUGUGAAUAGUAAUGGUCAUGAGUUUGGGCGAUCUUCCAGUUCUGAGAGAACUACCUCGUCGUAUUUCCGCCGGAGUUCCAGUAGCAACAGUUCUGGUAAUUUUAGGUCUUACAGUAGUUUUGGUAGGAGUCAGCGCGAUAGGGACUGGGAGAAGGAUGUAUAUGAUUCCCGUGACCAAGACAAGUCAGUUUUGGCGGACCAUUGGCAUUGGGACUUUUCAGAUCCAUUGGGCAAUUCCUUGUUAAGUAAAUAUGAGCGGGAUGGGUUAAGGCGUUCUCAGUCGAUGGUUUCUGGAAAACGUGGUGAUACCUGGCCUAAAAAGGUUGUAACUGACUUGAGCAGUGCGAGUGGAAAGAAUGCUAAUGGUUUGCUCUACAGGGGAAGUCCUGUUGGUGGGAGGGCAAAAAAAGCCACUUUUGAGAAAGAUUUUCCUUCCUUAGGAGCAGAUGAAAGAGCAGUUGUUCCUGAGGUUGGAAGAGUCCCAUCUCCUGGCUUAAGUACUGCCAUUCAGAGCCUACCUGUUGGUACCUCAGGUUUGAUAGUUGGUGAAAAAUGGACAUCAGCGUUGGCAGAGGUUCCUGUGUUAGUUGGAAGCAAUGGAACUGCCUUAUCGUCUGUGCAACAAGCUGCUCCAUCCAGUUCAGCAUCUGUGGCUUUGGGCUCAACCACCAGUCUCAACAUGGCAGAAGCUGUGGCACAGGGUCCUAGUCGUGCUCAGACUACCCCUCAGUUAUCUGUUGGAACACAGAGACUUGAAGAAUUGGCGAUCAAACAAUCCAGGCAAUUGAUUCCCGUGACACCAUCCAUGCCAAAAGCUUUGGUGUUGACUUCUUCAGAUAAACCGAAAGGUAAGGUGGGCCAGCAGCAGCAUUCCAUAUCAUCUUCACUUCCUCUUAAUCACUCUCCUCGUGGUGGGGCGGUGAAGGGUGAUGUUGCAAAGGCAUCUAAUGUGGGAAAGCUCCAAGUUCUUAAGCCUGUGCGAGAAAAAAAUGGUGUCACCCCUGUUGUAAAGGAUAACUUGAGUCCAACAAGUAGUAGCAAAGUAGUAACUUCUACUCUUGCUGUUUCCCCAUCUGUUUCUGGAUCUGCAGCAACCAGGGGCCUUCCGAACAAUGGAGUGCAUGACCGUAAGCCUUCAUUGACUGUGCUGGAGAAGCGGCCCACUUCUCAAGCUCAAAGUCGAAAUGAUUUUUUCAACCUAGUCAGAAAGAAAUCUAUGCCAAACUCCUCUUCUGCUGUAGCUGAUUCAGCAAUGGCAAACUGCUCAUCUGUCCUGGAUACUGGCACUGCUAUAUCACCAUCUUUCUCAGAUAAGGAUGUUGAAAUAGAUAUUUUGCCCUCUUCUAAUACGCCUAAGGCUGCAGAUGUGCCAUUAAGCAAUAGCCUGAGCGCGGACCGUUUGUCUGAGGAGAAAGGUGACUUGACCAGCAAUGGUGAUGCUUGUGAUGCUCAGAAUUAUGUUAGAAAUGGAAAGAAGUAUCCUAGCUCUGAUCCUAUCAUCUCGGAGGAGGAAGAGGCCGCCUUCCUACGCUCGUUAGGCUGGGAUGAGAACAGUGACGAGGGUGCUCUUACUGAUGAAGAAAUCAAUGCAUUCUACAGGGAUUUAACAAAGUACAUUGAUUCAAAUCCAUCCUUCAGAAUACUACAAGGUGUACAGCUAAAAUUCUUGUUGCCGUUUGGCUCAGAGCUUGGAGGCAUUGGUGGUAUUUCUUCUGGAUUGAGUUCAUCUGAUGCUAAGCUGGAAUCUUGAUUUUGAUGGAGAAGAGGAGUUUUCUAAUGAUUCAUUUUGAAGGAGGAACAUGCAUUGGUGGCAGCCAAGUAGAGGAUAAGAAGGGGAAGGUGUGUUGAUAGUUUUGAUGGUUUCAUGGAAGUGGAAUAGGAAUAAGUAACUGAUGGUCCUUCUCACGAUGACUUGCUGAUGACUGUUGCCCUCUGUGGGAUCUAGACUUUAUUAAGUUGAAAAGUUUGAGUAAAGAGAAUAGAGAUAGUUUUUUUUUAAUCAAGCUGCUCGAGGACAUUGCUCAUCCGCGCAAAGUCUGGGUCUUGACAGUUUUGGUUCUUUUCUCGAAUAGGAAUUUUUCAAACAAAUGGUUUUGUGAUUUCUUUUAGGGAAAAAAAGGCAAGAAUUUAUUACUAUAUC